UGCAAAUAUGUAACUCACGCUAAUGUUCAUGAUCCUUGCAGUAUAUAUACAUAAAGCAAACAAACCCAUUCAAGCACUAACCAAGUUAACCAAAAAAGUAAAAAAAAAAUGGGGCUAAGAACUAUUUGGACAUUAUUGAUGAUGAUGAUGAUGAUGAUGGUGAUGAUAGUGAUUGAAGUAGAAUCAAGUCUUCACAGAGUAGGUGGCGGAAAAUACAAUUGGAAACCCGAUGUUAACUUCUCCGAUUGGGCCAACCACCAACGCUUCUAUUCCGGCGACUGGCUCUAUUUUGGGUUCGAUCGGACCCGUCACAACAUCCUCCAAGUAAACAAGAGUAGCUACGAGCAGUGCAUCGAUAAUGAUUUUAUAUUCAACGUGACAAGAGGAGGACGAGAUGUGUUUCAACUUCUUCAACCAAUACCUUAUUACUUUAUUUGCGGUAGAGGUUAUUGCCUCAAGGGAAUGAAGCUCGCGGUUAACGUCCUUCCUCAACCGCCGCCUUCAACUCCGACCGUUCCCAUCAUUUCCACCUCAACCGCCAACACUCUCAUAGAGUCAAACGCUUUCACCGCUAUUGCUACCACCAUUCUCACCGCUUUCAUUUUUAAAGCUUUAUAUUUCGACUAGGCUAUGUGACUAUUUCGCUUCUUUGUUGAAUUGGAUUUUGGUGAUAUGUGACUAUUUCGUUUCUUUGUUGAAUUGGAUUUUGGUGCUUUAAAUUGAAACUAAAUGCCACUUCUAAAAUAUUCAUUAGAUUAUACCUCA